CAUUCUGAGCCACCAAAUUUUUAAGGGUGAAACUGAAAGCCAGAUAUUUUUCAAGAACCAAUAUAUAUUCCAUUGGCAUGUCCAUUAUAGCAAAAUUUGCUCUUGACCAAGGAUUGAGCCAGCAUGUUCUAGUAGCAUAUCGCCAUGCCCUUGCAUUCCUUGUGAUUUCUCCUUUUGCGACUUUCUGCAAUAGAAAUCCAAGGCCUAAAAUGACAUUUCCGUUGUUAGUAAGGAUUAUGCUGCUUUCAUUAAUAGAACCUGUCAUGGAUCAGAACUUGUACUUCACUGGGAUGAAGCUCACUACUGCAGCAUUCACAUCCACUUUGUUUAAUGUUGUUCCUGCUUUUGCAUUUCUAUUGGCUUGGACUCUAAAGCUUGAGAAGGUUGACGUUAGGAGAGUGAAUAGCCAGGUAAAGUUAUUCGGAACUGCAGUAACUGUAGGAGGAGCAAUGAUGAUGACUCUUGUGAAAGGAUCAGUGUUAAAUUUGCCUUGGACAGAAGGAGUCUCAUCAGAACAAGAGACCCAAAGUGCUUCAGAUGAUCAUAAUCUCAUUUAUGGUUCUCUGAUGAUAGCAACGUGCUGUGUCUGCUGGACUGUUUUCGUAACCCUUCAAGCAAUUUUACUAAAAUCCUACCCAGAUGAGCUUUCCCUCGCAGCUUGGAUAUGCUUGAUGGGGGCAGUGGAAGGUACAGUGUGCGCACUUGUGAUUGAGUGGAACAAUCCUUCAGCGUGGUCCAUCCACAUGGACUGCAGAUUAUUAGCUGUGGUGUACAGUGGAGUGAUAUGCUCAGGAGUUGCUUAUUAUGUUCAAGGACUGAUCUUGAAGGCAAAAGGACCUAUUUUCCUGACUGCUUUCGGCCCCCUAAGCAUGAUCAUUGUGACAAUCAUGGGCUCAAUUGUUCUAGCAGAAAAAAUCUACACUGCAAGGGUGGUUGGAGCGGCUGUGAUUGUGACUGGGCUGUACAUGGUUUUAUGGGGAAAAGGCAGAGACACUAAGGAAGCAAAAUCAGCAUCUGCAACUGCGACAAACGACUUCAAUUAUCCAGAGAGCAUAGAAUCUGCAGGGGAUGUUUCAAUUAUCUGAAUUUUCGUCGAUUCGAUGGUUGCCAUUAUCAUUAACAUAUUACUAAAUAAGCUCAUAAAUACAGAGAUUCUCAACAGUAUACAAUGGAGAAAGUAUGAAAUUCAUCUUCCUGCUUCAUAUCAACUUACUGAACCAAAGAGAUGUUACUGUC